AUACACUAAUCACAACAUCUUUAGAGAUAUAUAUGGCAAUGGCAACUUUUGUUCUUCUCUUCCUCCUGUUGGCUUCUCCGGCAGCUUUUGCCAAGGACCACGUCGUCGGUGGCGACGGCGGGUGGAGCCAGUCCGGCGAUUACACCACAUGGGCAGGCGGUGAAACGUUCACUGUUGGCGAUAAUCUUGUGUUCAACUAUGGCGGAAGCCACGGCGUCGCCGAGGUGAGCAAAGACGACUAUGAUAGCUGUAACGCCGCAAACGCCCUGCAAUCCUUCUCCGACGGGAAAACAACCAUUAAGCUAAGCAAGGCCGGUCCGAUGUACUUCAUGUGCCCCACUUUUGGCCACUGCCAAACCGGUAUGAAGUUGGAGAUCAACGUCAAGUCCGGCAGCUCCUCCACCCCCGCCGGCGGUUCUCCUCCCUCCUCCGGCACCGCACCCUCCACCCCCUCCGACUCCGAUUCUCCUCCCACCACUCCCGCCCCCGCCGGAAAAAGCUCUCCCAACGGUGCAGCGGAUAUCUCCGGCGGCAUGUUUGGGUUUUCGCUUGCCUUGGGAGCCUUGUUGGCAUUGAUGAGCUAGGCGAGAGGCAGUGCGUGCGCGGCUAUAUAUAUACAUUUGUUUUUCUUGAUUAUUAUUAUAAUUAUUAAUUAUGUGUGCUUUUUUAAAUUUACAUAUUGUGGAUUAAUUUUGUAAUUUGAUUUAAGAAAUAAGUAAACAUAUAGCAAUUUGAUUAA